AAAGAUGAUGCUUCUCCCUAUCAAAGUACAACCACAACACUGAUAGCUGUCAUAGGAGUGAUCAUUUGCUUGGUUGCUCUCAUUAAAUGGUAUUUCAGUGGCGGUGUUUGUAAGUCCAAGGCUCGAUUGGAUGGUGAGUGAACAGCAAAAUGUUGGAAUAUUUUCUAUUCAUGUUGUCCUUCAGCAACAUGGUUAAAAACAAAAAUAUUGCUCUAAUGAGGCUUAUUAAACUACUGAUUAAAAAAUAAAAUUACAAUCCAAGCUUUCACCGAUCAACGGCAUCAUCAGGGACAAGAAAUUAUUCCACGUGGCACCAUAUACACAUGUAUACAAAAUAAAUGUCAGGUGAAAUGUGUAAAAGCAUAAAAAUGAUAUGAAGUAUGUAUAUCAUUUAAUAUUUUUUAGCUUUAUUGGGCAAGAUCAAAUCGAAAAAAUAAAAAAUAAUAUAAAAAAAAUUGAAAAUAUACAAACAUAAAGAAUUAAAGCCCAAAAGGGAUGGGCACGAACGGGACACUCAGACCCAUGCGGGGUGCCUACCCUAGGAAAAUAUAAGGAUUUAAAAUAAUAAUAUUUUGUGUACAAAAAAAGUAAAAUCUAUUAGUAGUAAGAGGAAAGUCUAGUUGUAGAACAAUCUAAUAUUGUAAAAUUGUUGUGUAACUGUAGAGAAAUCUAAUAGUAUUAAAAAAAGAAAAAUAAAAUAUAUACAGAAUUUUAUAGUUUGUACAAAGGAGAAUGGACUACAUAUGUUGAUUUGAAUUUCUUCUUGUUUCUUGUAUUAAAAUUAAUUGGCAAUUAAUUAGUAAUUAGUAAUUAGUCAUUGUAAUUUUAUAUACAUACAUAUUCAAGUUAGUGACAUUAACAUUCGUGAGAUAUGAAAGGUAUAGAAAUAAAAAAUUAGAAUAAAAGGCAAUAGUUUAUUGAUCGCGUGUCUCUACAAAGAGUUUCUUAUAAUGCAUUAAAAUAGCUAGCAUAUAAAAUACUAAAACAGAAGGUGUGCAAAUUGGCCACAAAAUGUAGGGUUAUAAUAAUGCAAAAUCUUUCUAAUAAAAAGGCACUGACAGCACAUACCUGCCCUGUGGCAUGGGGAUCUGCAAAAAGACUUGACCAUUUUUCAGCAUUCAAAACAGGGGGAGACUGGUUCAUUAAUAGCUAGAAAAUUUCUCAGAUUUCUACUCCUAAAAGUGCCAAGUUCAAGUUCAAGUUCAUUUAUUCACACUUAUUCAAUUACAAUACAACAAUAAGGAAAAAAAAGGAAGAAGUAAAAAACAGAGCUAAAUAUACAUUGAAUUAAACAUAAAAAAGGAAGAGUGUGUAGAAGCCAAAGGAGCCAAGCUUUCGAGUUGGCUACUACCACAGAGCAGUUACAAGUGGGUGGAGGAUAUACGGUACUAUAUAAAAAAAAACUAUUCAAAUUAAAUAAUUAAAUAAAUAGAACUGUUAAACCCUCCACGCGUUUAACUCUCCACCCGCCAUCUUGCGCGGCUUCAAAAUUCAGGGUUAGACCACUUUGCAAUUUCUGUAUUAUUUUCAUGUCUGGCCAUUUUCCAUUGACUUGGUGGAGAAUCCCCCCCCCAUGUUCAAGUGCACCCCCCCCCAAGAUUCUUUCCAUUGGUAAAUACUUUAAGAUUUAAUCCAUCAUUUCAUCAUGAUUGAAAUGUCAUUUUUACCCUUGGCUUAUUUAUUACUUGAUUAAAGGAACAGGUUCAUGGUUUAGCGCAUCAGCUCAUUCAUCAAAAUGCUGUUUUUCUGCUGGGACAUGCUGUAUUGUCUAUGCAAGCAAUAUGUCAUAAUGUUGUCAAAGAGCCAAUCUGAGCACUCCCCUGGCGGUCACUUGCAUUUGAUCAACUUGAAUAUUUGCAAAUAGCUGUAAAUUAAUCAACCAAGGAAUAAAACCUUUGGGUCAGCAAUAAAUUUAACAUUGGUAGUGUUGGCAUAAUCCACUUAUUUUUUUGUGAUUUUAUAGCCUGCGUAGCAAGCGUAUCCAGUCGAGUUAUAGCUCGAAAUCUUCAUUCCUUUUUUUGCUCUUGUUCCAGUUUUCUCGACGAACUCGCGCGUAACCACUUUCUACGCAGGCUAGUGAUUUUAGUACUCCUCCAUCCUACUUCAGGUUUUUUUGAAAAGACACCUCUACUUUGAAAUACACUCUGAGAUCACUGAGAUACAUGUGAGUGCGAUUAUUAACUGAUAGAAUUAAUAAUAAAUUGGAAAAAAGUAAUUUGAUUCAUGCGAGCAUGCGCUUAUAACCGUGAACCUGUCCCUUUAACACAUUGCUCUUUGCUAUUUUAGGGAAGACUGCUAUAGUCACAGGUUCAAACACUGGAAUAGGAAAGGAGACUGCACUGGAUUUUGCCAAGAGAGGAGCUAGGGUUAUCUUGGCUUGCCGAGAUGAGGAGAAGGCCUCUAACGCUGCUAAGGACAUCAUUUCCGAGACUGGAAGUGAUAAAGUUGUCAUCAGGGUUCUUGACCUGGCCUCGUUUGAGUCUGUGAGAGCCUUUGCAAGGGUCAUCAAUGAAACAGAAGAGAGACUUGACAUUCUUGUUCACAAUGCUGGUCUAGGGGGGUCAUACCGGCUAACUAAGGAUGGAUGGGAGAGUGUAUUUCAAGUGAACUACCUCAGCCAUUUCCUUCUGACCAUGCUGCUGUUGGACAAGUUAAAGAAGUCUGCCCCCAGUCGCAUUGUGAAUGUGUCAUCGAUAGGUCAUACUGGGCCAAAGACUAUACCUUUAGAUGACUUUAAACUUUCGAAGGAAAAGUAUGAGGCAUUCAAACGAUACGGAGAGUCCAAACUUGCACAGGUUGUGUUUACAAGGGAACUAAGUCAGAGAUUGACAGGUUUGCAGAAUUCAGUGUUUAUUAAGCCAUUUCUUUCAUUGGGUAUAGUUGUUUUGUUUUGUAAUUACUUACAACAUCUGGUGUGUCCUAAAGAGAGGCAACAAGCAGAGCAAUUUCCCUUUCGCAUCAAAACAACUUUUUAAUUUUCGUACAAUUACAGGCCAUUGUUGUCAUUGGCAAUAUGUUAUCUGCAGUGAUGUUAUGAUCUAAUCUAGACCAAUAAAAAACACUUAUGGAAUAUACUGGUUAUUAUGAUACAUAAAGUGAUAACAAAAUUAUUCUUGAUAACAGUAAUAAUAAUCUCUAUUAGCUUACUAAUGCAGUUGUGAUCAUUUUGGUUUUUGCUUCUCUCUACUAACGUGUGUGUUUGUGUGUAUGUUGCAGUUAAUUUGCGUUUUUCUUUUGUUUUUGGGUAUGGUAAUGUAUGCUAAUGAAAUUAUUGAAACAAAGGAAAAAUAAAAUAACCUGAGAUAAAAAAAUAACUACAACAUAUACAUUCCUGUGUUGCCAUGUUGUACCUCCCCUUGUCUUAAAUAUUUUAUUUAAAUUAUCUAAUACUGAAUCUAUAGGCUUCCUGGCAUUUUUUAGGUAUUUUUAGGUUUUGGGUAUUUCAUGAACUUGGUACCCCUUUAAUUACUGGUAACUACAUGUAAUUAAUAUUAUAACUUGUAAAAUGGUCUUUAAUAUCUUAAUGUUUUGGGUACAAUGAUUAAAAUUCUUGUGGUUGAUGUUCCAUACAUUACUGUUUGUGAGUUGGCAAAAAAAAAAGUGCAUCUUCUGAAAAAAUUGUACUUGUUCAAUUUUCAUUGCAGGUACUGGCGUAACUGUUUAUGCUCUGCAUCCUGGUGCUAUCAAGUCUGAUAUUUGGCGUAACUGGAAGUUGUUACGUAAGCCCCUUGUCAAACAGCUUUGGCAGUUUCUAACAUUCUUGUUCUUUAAGAAUUGCAAGCAAGGAGCACAAACUACAAUAUACUGUUCAGUUGCAGAAGAGUUGGCUGGUGUCUCGGGUCUUUACUAUAGCGACUGCAAAGCCAAAGAGUGUAGUAAAGUUGCAAAAGAUCCUGGCUUGGCGAAGAAGCUUUGGGAAGCAAGUGAGAGGAUAACAGGAGAGAGCUGGAAACAUUAA